CGUGUUCCUUGGGCGAAAGAUGUCGCAGGAACGCGCGGUCGCGGCGAACGCCGUCCGGCUGGAAGAGUGCGUACUGUUUUGUAGUCGUCCUGCGGUUGUAAAUGGCGCCUGGAAUCCUAUCCCUCCGUGUUGAAAGCAUUCUGACAAUUGGAUCGAGCAUAUUCAAAUUCUAAAAAUUAUCGUGGAAAUGUUUUUACCUCAUAUGAACCACCUGACAUUGGAACAGACUUUCUUCUCACAAGUGUUGCCAAAGACUGUGAAAUCAUUUGAUGACAUGAUAUACGAGUUAACCAGUCAAGCCAGAGGACUGUCAAGCCAUAAUUUAGAAAUCCAGACCACUCUGAGGAAUAUUUUACAAACAAUGGUGCAGCUCUUAGCAGCUCUUACAGGAUGUGUUCAGCAUAUCUGUGCCACACAGGAGUCCAUCAUUCUAGAAAAUAUUCAUAGUCUUCCUUCCUCAGUCCUACAUGUAAUCAAAAGUACAUUUGUACAUUGUAAGGAUAGCGAAUCUGUCUAUUCUGGGCAUUUACACCUAGUUUCAGACCUUCUCCAGGCUCUUUUCAAGGAGGCCUAUUCUCUUCAAAAGCAGCUAAUGGAACUACUGGAUAUGGUUUGCAUGGACCCUUUAUUAGAUGACAAUGAUGAUAUUUUGAAUAUGGUGAUAGUUAUUCAUUCAUUGUUGGAUAUCUGCUCUGUUAUUUCCAGCAUGGACCAUGCAUUUCAUGCUAAUACUUGGAAAUUUAUAAUUAAGCAGAGCCUUAAGCACCAGUCGGUUAUAAAGAGUCAGCUGAAACACAAAGAUAUAAUUACCAGCUUGUGUGAAGACAUUCUUUUCUCCUUCCAUUCGUGCUUACAGUUAGCUGAGCAGAUGACGCAGUCAGAUGCACAGGAUAAUGCUGACUAUAGAUUAUUUCAGAAAACACUCAAAUUGUGUCGCUUCUUUGCCAACUCCCUUUUGCACUAUACUAAGGAAUUUCUUCCUUUACUCUCUGAUUCUUGCUGCACAUUGCACCAGCUUUAUCUUCAGAUACACAGCAAGUUUCCUCCAAGCCUAUAUGCUGCCAGGAUUUCUAAAGCACAACAGGAGGAAAUAGCAGGGACUUUCCUAGUUACACUGGAUCCACUCAUCAGUCAGCUUCUCACAUUUCAACCUUUCGUGCAGGUGGUUUUGGAUAGUAAGUUAGAGCUGCCAUGUGAACUGCAGUUCCCACAGUGUCUUCUGCUGGUUGUCAUCAUGGACAAGCUGCCCUCUCAGCCCGAGGAUGUGCAGGCCCUGUGGUGCACAGAACGCCAGCUCCUGGAAGCGAAAACCAGGGUAUCUCUAUUUAAAGCCAUUUUCUACAGUUUUGAGCAGUGUUCUGGUGAACUCUCUCUCCCUGUUCACCUACAAGGAGUAAAGAGUAAAGGGCAAGCGGAGGUUGCUGUCACCUUGUAUCAGCAUGUUUGUGUUCAUCUGUGCACAUUUGUCGCUUCCUUUCAUCCCUCACUGUUUCCUGAGCUGGAUGUUGCUCUGUUGAAUGCUGUGCUUAGUGCUAAUCUGAUCACCUCUUUGUUAGCUAUGGAUACAUGGUGCUUCCUUUCACGGUAUGGGACUGCUGAACUCUGUGCACACCAUGUCACCAUAGUGGCUCAUCUGAUAAAAUCUUGUCCUGGAGAAUGUUACCAGCUCACCAACCUAUCGAUACUAUUCAGGCGGCUCUUUUUCUUCAUGGCCCCACCCCAGCAGGUGGAGUUUAUCCAGAAAUUUUCCCCCAGAGAAGCAGAAAAUCUGUCUCUGUGGCAAUAUAUUUCCUUCCAGGCAUUACCUGCCGAGCUUAGGAAACAAGCCGCACAAGAGGUCGUCGGAGUAGGCAUUGCACGGUGUACGGAGUGGCUAAGCAAUAGUCGUACUUUGGGAGAGCUUGACUCUCUGAACACACAGCUUUCUGCUUUGCUUGCUGUGUGUAAUUCUGCUAGUGAAGCUUUGGAUAUUGCACAGCAGACUGCAAUUCUGGAAAUCGGGAGUCAGCUUUGGGCAUUUUUAAACACUACGCUGGUAACAGGUCAACCUUAUGUUCAGCAGACACUUAGCCUUUUACUUUCACUGUUGGGAUUUUUCAUUCAAACUCUAGAUCCUCAUCUGAUAAGUCAGGUAGUAACUUUGCAGACCUCACUGCUUAAAUUAGAGCCUCCUGACCAUGUUUGUUUGGCAGUGCUUGAUUUUGUAUCUUCUCUGGGAAAUUUCUUUAUACCUCAAGCUAUCCAGGACAAAAUUCUGCCCAACCUAUCUUCUAUUUUUGCCUUACUGUUAGCUGACGGGAACUGGAUACUAGAACAACAUACGUUAGAGGCGUUUACUCAGUUUGCCCAGGGAACAAAUCAUGAAGAGAUAGUCCCACAGUGUCUCAGUUCCGAAGAAACCAAGAACAAAGUUGUAUCCUUUCUCGAGAAGACUGGGUUUGUAGAUGAAACCGCGGCUGCCAGGGUGGAACGUGUGAAGCAGGAAAAAGCCAUUUUCUGGGAACGCUUUGCUAACGUCGCUGUAGAAGAAGCAAAGUGGUCAUCUUUACAGCCUUGCGCAAAAAGAGCCCGUCGUGAGCUCCCUGCAGAAGAAGAGUGCGGGUCAGCACUACAGGCGGCGUCCGUGGCCUUGGAGGCAGUGGAACUAUUACUCCAGAAGUCUCCUGCUCCAGACUGGCUUGUAGUGAAACUGGAGAUGCUCCAAGAAAGGAUGGAUAGGCUAAAACGACUUGUACUCUCAGGUGGCCCCUGAACGGACUAGACCGACCCGCACCCCCCGCCCCCCAGAAUCAUCUUUGUCAGCCUGCUCUGUGUUUUGUAAAUGAAUGCACUGAUGGAACUAUGCGUUUUCUAGCACAUAUAAAACAACUUUUGUAAAGUUGAA